AUGAGAGAGCUGAGUCGGAUCCAGCGGUCGAGAUUAGCUCAACGCUGGCCGGAGACUGUGCAUGUUUUCACCGGAAUCGAAAGAAAUUGCCUCGGAAACAGCGUCAGCAAGAAUGUUCCAGUAAAACCAAUUGACAGCUGUUCGCGAGAGGCUAUCUCAUUGGCAAGAUUUCCUGAAACCGAUCUUGUUGUACAGCAUCAAAGUCCUAGUGACAACCACGGCCACUUGCUCUCCUCGUCUUCCAAAGUAACGCCAUCACCAGCAACACUACCUUCUGUAAUUUCUUCGUCUUCAUAUGCUAUUCGCCCCUCUAUCGUGGCUGGCCGUGCUUCGGAUGAAUGUGAUCCUGUGCCUUUGUAUCCUUCAGAACUGGAUCCAUGCAGGUGA